UUUCGCCACCUCGCCUCCCUCAGAGUCCCAGCUUGAGAAACACCUCUCUGCCCCGUCAUGUCAAAGAGGAAAGUGACCUUCCAAGGUGUGGGAGAUGAGGAAGAUGAGAAUGAAAUCAGUGUUCCCAAGAAGAAGCUGGUGGACCCUGUGGCUGGGUCAGGGGGUCCUGGGGGCCACUUCAAAGGCAAACACUCUUUGGAUAGCGAUGAGGAGGAUGAUGAUGAUGGGGGGUCCAGCAAAUACAACAUCCUGGCCUCAGAGGAUGUAGAAGGUCAGGAGGCAGCCACACUCCCCAGCGAGGGGGGUGUUCGGAUCACACCCUUUAACCUGCAGGAGGAGAUGGAGGAAGGCCACUUUGAUACUGAUGGCAACUACUUACUGAACCGGGAUGCUCAGAUCCGAGACAGCUGGCUGGACAACAUUGACUGGGUGAAGAUCCGGGAGCGGCCACCUGGCCAGCACCAGGCCUCAGACUCGGAGGAGGAAGACAGCUUGGGCCAGACCCCAAUGAGUGUCCAAGCCCUCUUGGAGGGACUUUUGGAGCUCCUGUUGCCUAGAGAGACAGUGGCUGGGGCACUGAGGCGUCUAGGGGCCCGAGGAGGAGGCAAAGGGAGCAGCAGCAAGGGGCCUGGGCGACCCAGUUCCCCUCAGCGCCUGGACCGGCUCUCCGGGUUGGCCUACCAGAUAGUGGCCCGGGGCAACCUUGGUGUGUACCAGGAAACAAGGGAACGGUUGGCUAUGCGGCUGAAGGGUUUGGGGUGUCAGACCCUGGGACCCCACAAUCCAACACCCCCACCCUCCCUGGACAUGUUUGCUGAGUAAGUGGCAGAGGAGGAACUGGAGACCCCAACCCCUAACCAGAGAGGAGAAGCAGAGUCGCCAGGAGAUGCUCUGGUGGAUGUGAUGUGGGAAUAUAAGUGGGAGAACACGGGGGAUGCCGAGCCGUAUGGGCCCUUCACCAGCGCCCAGAUGCAGACCUGGGUGAGUGAAGGCUACUUCCCGGACGGUGUUUAUUGCCGGAAGCUGGACCCCCCUGGUGGUCAGUUCUACAACUCCAAACGCAUUGACUUUGACCUCUACACCUGA